CCCCGCGUCAGGACCCCGGCCCCGCCGCCCGUCAAGAAGGAGGCCCCGCCCCUGGUCCCCACCUCUCCCCUGCUGACGCCCCAAUCACAGUCGCAGCCUGAGCUCCGAGCUCCGCCCACUCUCCCGCGCACCUCGCCGACAGUCAAUCACCAAGUGCUUCACCCACUACAGUACAACGGUCUUAAUAACAUAAGCCGGAGCAGCAGUACAAGCAGCACCGCCAGCGCCAGCCUUCCCAAACACUCCCUGCCCCCCUCCCCUCACCUGGCAAGCCACCCCACCUCCGCCCCUGCCCUGCCCUUGUCCAUUGGCAACCUUGCUACCUCGCACUAUUCCCUGCGAACUCCGGCUCAUCGCCAUACGGCCAUGUUCGCAAACCCCGCCACACUGCCGCCACCUCCAACCUUACCAACCAACGGCCUUGUGGUCCCAGGGCACCCCACUGGAACCGGCUACCCAGAUACCAGCCUGUUGAUAUCAUUCAACCAACCAAUCAUGUAUUGCCAGCCUCAUUCGGGGAUUCUGAUUGGUACAUUGUCACAGGCAACUCUCUUACCACCACCAAUGAGUCCUCACGUAGAAAACCCUCACAGCAUGAGCUGGAGAAACAGAGAAUGCCAGUUCGAGAAGUACGCACCCAAACUGGACAACCCCUUCCUGCGCCACUCGAAUUUUUUUCCAUCAUACCCUCCGACGAUGCCUGGAAUGCCUCCUCUGCUUCCACAUACAGGACCCUUCAGUUCUCUCCAGGGAGCCUUCCAGCCUAAGGCCUCCAAUCCCAUUGACGUAGCAGCGCGACCCGGAGCAGUACCACACACGCUGCUACAGAAGGACCCGCGGGUAUCGGAUCCAUUCAGGACGUCUGUCAGAAAACCCGGUAAAUGGUGUGCGGUUCAUGUCCAGAUUGCCUGGCAAAUUUACCACCACCAGCAGAAAAUGAAGCAGAUGCAGCUGGACCCUCACAAGCUGGACAUGAACGGGAAGCUGGACUUGUUCAGCCGGCCUCCGGCUCCAGGGGUGUUCCCCGGAUUCCCGUACCCUCACGACCUGGCCAGGCCGCUCUUCUCCUCGACAGGUUCGGGUCAUCCGGCCACAUCUCCCUACGGCCCCGCCCCCCACCACAGCAGCUUCCUGCCCACGGCGCACCUGGCAGAUCCUUUCAGUCGCUCCAGUACCUUUGGCGGUCUCGGCAACCUUGCAAGCAGUGCCUUCGGCGGAUUAGGCAACCCCUCGCUCGCCUCCAACAGCGUUUUUGGACCGAAGGAGGGUCACGGGUUGGCCGGCUUCAGCAGCCCCCACCACGACACGUGGAACCGUCUCCAUCGCACCCCCCCCUCCUUCCCCACGCCCCCGCAGUGGCCGAAGUCCAUCGACAUGGAGCGCAGCUCUUCGGUCACCAACCACGACCGGGACCGGGACCGGGACCGGGAGAGGGAGAGGGAGAGGGAGCGGGAAAGGGAGAGAGAGAGGGAGCGGGAGAGAGAAAGGGAGUCGGAAAAGAGGGAGCCCUCCAUCGGGAAAGAGGAGAGGGAUAAAGACAGAGAAUCUCUGGACAGGAACCGCCACUCCAACAGGUCCUCGCCGGCCUCCGCUCCCGUCAGCUAUCAGAUCAGCAACCUCAUCCGCAGCAACAGCCAGAGCUCCGGCGACUCGGGGCGGCACCUCAGCGGCAGCGUGGACCGGGCCCGCGAGACGGAGAAGGAGCUGCUGGAGCGCCAGCGGGAGGCCGCGCUGCUGGGCGACGUCAAGGUGAAGGAGAGCCGCUCGCCGGGGAAGGAGGCCCAGGGCCAAGAGAGGCGCUCCUCCGAGGACAGCUGCAAGCCGGCCCACCAGCCCCCGUCCCCCUACGGCAAGCCCGUCCUGGCGGAGCCCGGCCUCAAGCUGGGAGGCGGGCCCCCGGCGUCCCUCAAGGAGGCCGAGAGGAAGGAGCCCCCCUGCGGGGAGCCGCUGCACAAGCUGAAGAGCGACCUGAAGAUCAAGGAGGAGCGCAAGGAGGACCAGGAGGUGCUGCUGGUGAGCUCGGAGCCGGCCGUCUCCCAGGCCCCCGCUCACCAACUGCAGCACGGCCACCCUCAGCUGCCCCAACACCCGCAGCUGCCCCCUCGCUGCUCGGACCUGCCCGGCCCGGGGUCCCUGCACGGCGUCCACCUGCCCCACUCCAUGCCCAUCUCCAUGGGCGGCAUGCACCCCGUGGGCAGCCUGAACGUGCUGGACCGCACCCGGGUGGCCCCCUUCCUGGGGGUGAGCCCGCUGGCGGCCGGCCGCGAGCGCCUCCCCCACCACGCCUUCCCCUGGGACCCGCUGAGGGAGGCGUACCGCAGCCUGGACCUGCAGCGCCGGAUGGACUUCCAGCUGCGGGCCGAGCAGGGCCACCGCUUCCCCGCCGUGUACGAGCCCGAGCGGGCCUACCGAGACCGGGAGCCCCACGACUACUCCCACCACGAGCACCUGCUGGAGGCGCGGCGGGAGCACGAGAGGCUGCGGCAGGCGGAGGAGAGGGAGCGCAUGCACCUCCGCGAGGAGCUGGACAGGGCGCGGCUGCACCAGCUGCACCAGUCGCCCAUGGAGGGCCACCUCCCCCACAUGCCCCCCUUCAUGACCCCGCUGGGCGGCAUGCACUACCCCAGACUGAGCCCCUCGGCCGCCCACAACGGGAUCCUGAACCGGACCCCGCCCACCGCCGCCCUCAGCGCCCCCCCGCCCCUCGUGCCCGCCGGCAGCGCCAGGCCCGCCUCGCCCCGAAGGACUACCCCCCUCACCGCCCCCGACCCCCGGGACUACUCUCCUUCCCGCAAUCCCAAAGAAGUGGAAGCCCGGUAGCUUCCCUCGGCGCAGAAGCUCCGACGAGCGGGCCCGGACUUGUCCUCCCGCGGUCUUUUGAAAAGGCGGAGAGGCGCUGCUUUC